CUGCCAGCCCUGGAGCAUGCGCAGCCCGGCGAGUACGCGCCUCAGGAUGGCCCGUACUAUGGAUCCACUGGCAAAGAAGAUCUUUAAAGGAGUUUUAGUAGCUGAACUUGUGGGCGUUUUUGGAGCAUAUUUUUUGUUUAAAAAGAUGAACACAAGCCAAGAUUUCAGGCAAACAAUGAGCAAGAAAUUCCCAUUCAUCUUGGAAGUUUAUUACAAAUCCAUUGAACACUCUGGAAUGUAUGGCAUCAGAGAGCAAGAUCAAGAAAAAUGGCUGAACAGCAAAAAUUAGGACUGAAAUCUGCUCCUGUGUAAUUUCCAACCAUCAAUUUUACUACUGCCUUCUGAAGCAGCAUGAGCAACAAGAGCAAAAAUAAACAAGUGGGACUACAUAAAACUAAAAGCCUUCCGCACAAGGGAAACCAUCAACAAAAUGAAAAGGCAACAUAUGGAAUGGAAGAAAAUAUUUGCAAACCAUGUAUCUGAUAAAUGGUUAAUAUAAAUAUAUUAGGAACCUCAUACAAUAGCAAAAAACUCCCAAAUAAUCCAAUUUAAAAAUGGGCAAAGGACCUGAAUAGACGUUUUUCCAAAGAAGACACACAAAUGGCCAAAAGGUAUGUGAAAAGGCUCUCAACACUACUAAUCAUCAGGGAAAUGGAAAUCAAAAUCAUGAACAGAUAUCAACUCACACCUGUUAGGAUGGCUAUUAUAAAAAAGACAGGAGUUAACAAACACUGACAAGGAUGUGGAAAAAAUGGAACCCUUGUACACUGUUCGUAGGAAUAUAAAUUGCUACAGCCAUUAUGGAAAACAGUAUGGCAGCUCCUCAACAAAUUAAAAAUAAAACUAUCAUAUGACCCAGCAAUGCCACUUCAGGGCAUAUAUCCAAAGGAAAUGAAAUCAAUAUCUCAAAGAGCUAUCUGCACUCCCACAUUCACUGCAUUAUUCACAAUAGCCAAAGUAUGGAAACAACCUAUGUGUGUGUCAACAGAUGAAUGAAUCAUGAAGAUGUGGUAUAUACACACAAUGGAUUAUUAUUCAGCCACAAGAAAGAAGGAAGCCCUUUUUGUGACACGUAUGAACCUGGAGGACAUUAUGCAUAGUAAAAAAAGAGAGACAACUACUCUAAUGUCAUGUAUAUGUAGAAUCUUAAAAAAAAAAUUCAUGGAAACAGGGAACAGAUUGGUAGCAGGUGGGGGAAUGGGGAGAUGUUGGUCAAAGGGUGUAAGCGUUCAGUUGCAUGGUGAAUAGUUAAUAAUAGUUAAUAAUACUGUAGAGUACUUGAAAUUUGCUGAGAAUACAUCUUAGGCAUUCUCAACCCCUCCCCCCAGUAGUAACUAUGUAUGUGAGGUGAUCGAUGUGUUAAUUAACUUGAUUAUGGUAAUCAUCACAAUGGAUACAUGUAUCAAAUCUUCAUGUUGUAUGCUUUAAAUAU